GGUAGACUACUAUCAGUACUAGUUCGUAGUCGUGCUCGCGCGUAGCACGCGAAGGACUAGUCACAAUGUCGGCCUUACACGAGAAACGAAGGAAUCUCUUCGUCCUCCUCACCCUCACACUGGCCGCCGCCACGUCCGCCGCGUCCGAUGUCUCCUUCUAUCCCUCUGCGGAGACCGCCGCCGCGGCGCACUGCGACGGCACGCUGUACCCGGAGCUCUGCCUGUCCACGCUCUCCACCAUUCCGGACCUCCACAAGAAGUCCCUCCCGGAAGUCAUCACCCACACCUGCAACCGCACGCAGACCAAUGUCGCCGCCAUGGCUUCGAACUGCUCCUCCUACUUCCACGGGAGGCUCCUCAGCGCGCGAGACAGCGUCGCCCUGUCGGACUGCAUGGAGCUUCUCGACACCACCAUGGACGACCUCCAGGCCAGCAUCUCCGACCUGCAGCACCCCGAGAUGCGCCCGACCGUGGACCACUGCAUGACGGUCCUCUCCGCCGGCAUCACCAACCAGCAGACCUGCCUGGAGGGCCUCGCGUACCAGAAGGGCGGCGACGUGCGGUCAUACAUGGAGCCCGGCAUCCGCCACAUCGCCCGAAUGGUCAGCAACUCGCUGGCCAUGGCAAAGAAGCUGCCGGGAGCCGCGGCGCCCUCGCCGUCCACGCCGAGCGUGCAACAAGAGCGCCAACCAUUCACGGGGUACGGGCAGAUGGUGAAGGGGUUCCCGCGGUGGGUGAAGGCUGGUGACCGGCGGCUGCUGCAGGCGGCGCCGUCGGGCAUUAACGCGAACGCGGUGGUGGCCAAGGACGGGAGCGGGGGCUACACGACGGUGUCAGCUGCGGUCGCGGCGGCCCCGACUAACUCGAAGAGCAGGUACGUGAUAUACAUCAAGGCCGGCGCCUACAUGGAGAAUGUGGAGGUGGGGAAGAACCAGAAGAACCUCAUGUUCAUCGGCGACGGCAUUGGGAAGACGGUCAUCAAGGCAAGCCGCAACGUCGCCGACGGCUCCACCACCUUCCGCUCCGCCACAGUCGCGGUGGUGGGCAACAACUUCCUGGCCCGGGAUCUGACCAUCGAGAACUCGGCCGGCCCGUCGAAGCACCAAGCGGUGGCGCUCCGCGUCGGCGCCGACCUAGCCGCUUUCUACCGCUGCAGCUUCGUGGGUUACCAGGACACUCUGUACGUGCACUCCCUCCGGCAAUUCUUCCGCGAGUGCGACAUCUACGGCACCAUCGACUUCGUGUUCGGCAACUCCGCCGUGGUGCUGCAGAGCUGCAACCUCUACGCGCGGCGGCCCAUGGCGAGCCAGAGCAACGUCUACACGGCGCAGGGCCGGACGGACCCGAACCAGAACACGGGCAUCUCCAUCCAGAAGUGCAAGGUCGCCGCCGCGUCGGACCUCGCCGCCGUGCAGUCGAGCUUCCGGACGUACCUGGGCAGGCCGUGGAAGCAGUACUCGCGCACGGUGUACUUGCAGUCGGAUCUGGGCAGCGUCGUCGACCCCGCGGGGUGGCUCGCGUGGGACGGCACCUUUGCGCUCGACACGCUCUACUACGGCGAGUACCAGAACACGGGGGCCGGAGCUAGCACGUCCAACCGGGUGAAGUGGAAGGGUUACCGCGUGAUAAGCAGCUCGUCGGAGGCCAGCACCUUCACUGUGGGGUCAUUCAUCGACGGCGACGUCUGGCUAGCCGGCACGUCCAUCCCCUUCUCCACCGGGUUGUGACCGAAUUAUUCUAUCACGGCGAGUUCUGGCCGUGAUGGUGAUAAACGAACGCCGCCCGGAAGCGAAAAGCGCAUCAAAUUCUAUCGUUUUGAUGUCCAUUCUUUUGUUUUUGCAAACCAUCCAUAGGUGACUGGUUCAUUGUUGAUACCUGCACCAGAUAUACUUGUGCAAUAUAUAUGUAGUUCUUCUUCAUGACGGUAUGUACUUAUGCACAAUAUAUACAUAUUUUUUACGGAAUUGCUAAGUUUCAGCUAGCUGA